CUGCUAUUUCAUGCCGUUCAUCGCACCUGAAAGUUGCUGCGAUAACUGUGAGUUUCUUGGUAACAUGUGCUGAAGACGGCGUGGAUCGUCGCGUGUAUAGAUAGGAUGAGAGCCGUCGAUCUGGGACGACGUUGAAUCCAACGGCUUCACGCGACACACAAUCUGCAUCAGAUAACAUGGCAGGCGGUCCCGCACCUACUGGUCCCUCAGCCUCGCCUUUGGGCCAGGCUUGGGGUUAUGGUAUUGUCCUUGGCAUUGGUUUUUUGUUUGCUAUCGGCAUGGUCUUCACGACGUGGGUUCUCAGACGAUACAACAAUGAACUGCAAACCUCGGAAAUGUUUUCGACGGCUGGUCGUACCGUCAAGUCCGGUCUCGUUGCUAGCGCUGUCGUCUCAUCAUGGACUUGGGCUGCAACUCUGUUGCAGUCGAGCAGCGUCGCUUUUCGGUACGGUGUCUCAGGUCCGCUUUGGUAUGCUGCCGGAGCUACGGUACAGAUUCUGUUAUUCGCAACUGUCGCUAUUGAGUUGAAGAGAAGAGCUCCUAACGCUCACACGUUCCUUGAGGCAGUUCGUGCCCGCUACGGAACAGCCACGCAUUUCGUGUACAUCACCUUCGGCCUCUUCACCAACAUCCUAGUCACAUCCAUGUUGCUCACCGGUGGCUCGGCCGUUGUCUCGUCGUUGACCGGCGUUCCGACUGCAGCUGCUUGCUUCCUGCUUCCGCUUGGUGUCGUCAUCUACACAAUGUUCGGUGGUAUCAAAGCCACGUUCCUCACUGAUUACGUUCACACUGUCAUUCUGCUGGUCAUCAUUCUGAUAUUUGCCUUCACGACUUACGCAACUGGUGAUAGACUUGGCUCGCCGAGAGCUGUGUACGAUGCGCUGACAGAUCUCGCAUCGCAUACACCUGUUGAAGGUAACGCCGGAGGCAGCUACUUGACUAUGAGGAGCAAAGAUGGAGCUAUCUUCUUCGUCAUCAACAUCAUUGGAAACUUCGGUACUGUCUUCAUGGAUAACGGCUACUACAACAAGGCUAUUGCUGCGAGCCCCGUUCAUGCACUGCCCGGAUACAUCAUCGGAGGUCUUUCGUGGUUCGCCAUUCCCUGGCUGUGCGCAACGACAAUGGGCCUCGCUGCUCUGGCUCUCCAGGGGACCGAGUACUUCCCAACUUACCCAAAUCCGAUGGCUGAUGCGGAAAUCAGCGCGGGCCUCACUCUUCCCUACGCAGCCACCGCUAUUCUUGGAUCUGGAGGCGCUGUCGCAACUCUUUUGAUUGUGUUCAUGGCCGUUACUUCUGCUUUCUCCGCUCAGCUCAUCGCCGUAUCCUCUAUCUUGACCUACGAUAUCUACAAUACCUACAUCAACCCCAAUGCUAGCGGCAAGCGCCUGGUCUGGACGUCGCACACUUGCGUUGCCGGCUUCGGACUCGUCAUGGCCGCCUUCUCUACAGGUCUGCACUACGCCGGUAUCAGCAUGGGCUAUUUGUACUUAUUGAUGGGUGUAAUCAUCUCCUCUGCUGUACUACCAGCGACUUUGACCCUCAUGUGGAAAGGUCAGAACUUCUGGGCUGCCACACUCUCCCCCAUCUUCGGUCUGUGCUGCAGUAUUAUUGCAUGGCUUGUCACCACCGCCAAACUCAACGACGGUGUCAUCAACGUCGAGACCUCGGGUGCAAACAACCCGAUGUUGGCUGGCAACGUCGUUGCACUCCUUUCACCUGCCAUCUUCAUCCCUGUGCUGACCCUUAUCUUUGGCGUCGACAGCUAUGACUGGGUCAGCAUGAAGAAUAUCCGUCUUAUCGACGACUCCGACGUUGCCGCCGCCGCACACCUCGACCCUGAAGCGCUCGUUGGCCGCCAUGUCGCGCUGUCUCCCGAGGCUGAAGCCGCAGAGCAGGUGAAGCUUUUGCGGGCGAGCAAAAUAGCUAAGACUACUACUGCUGUCAUGACCCUCGUCCUGCUGGUUCUUUGGCCCAUGCCGCUUUACGGCACAGGCUACAUUUUCUCUCCGAGCUUCUUCGCUGGGUGGGUUAUUGUGGGUAUUAUCUGGCUCAUGUUCAGCACCCUUGCAGUCGGCGUCUACCCGCUGUGGGAAGGCAGAAUGAGCCUGGCGAGGAACUUUGGCGGCAUGUGGCGCGAUCUCAGCGGCAAGGGACACAAGAGGCACGGAACUCACAUUGAAGUUGUCGAGGGUGAGAAGGCCGCUGACAGUGGGUCUCAUACGCCUAAGGAGGCGGCUACAAACGAGAAAUUGAUGGAAGUGAAGUAAAUUGCCUACGGCACGAACUUGUACAGGGGGAAUUGGGAAGUGGGAGACGGAAGAAAUGUUAGAUACCCCUGUCGCUCGCUUGAGAUAAGACAAACUUCUGAGUAAUCGAUCUUGACACCAACGAACGCAACGUUAUUUGUUUUCAGA